AUGGCGGCCAGUACAACGGUCCCUGACAAGCCAUAUCAAAAUUCUACGACCGAGUCUCAUCCGAGGCUCUAUAGGCCGGGACAAUGGCCUGGUGAACGCCGGCACCCGACUCGCUGGGAUGUUCACGACGCAAUUGAUAGUCCUGCGGCAACGUUCCUGGAACGCUUUCGGAUUGCUCUGCUCCACAGUGAAGGCGCAGCAGAAGAUGUGUUGUUGGACCCGGAAUCUGUGAUCAAUGCGUCCGAACCGGUAGUUGCAGAUAUGACUUCAGCGUACGCCUAUCCUGUGGUAAUGCUGUCUGAUAUUCCAACACUUCCUCCAGAGGAAACACUCGCCCGACUGGAGGCAUCAUUCUUCGAUUCCUUCGAACAGCACGUAUUCCUCAAUUCAGUCCGCAUCUUAAAUUGGUGCUCAGGACGACAGCCUUUGUACUUCCAGGUUGCGUUAGCGUGCCUUGGUUCCAUAACUUCCACAAGCUCGAUCAGCGACAUCGUGGCAUCGGGAACGUCUCGAGCCGAACUCUCAGCUGGGUUGUUCAUUGCUGGGGUGAACAUAUGGAUUGUGAUGCUGGAAGUUGAUAACCGAGAAAGCCGGCUGUGUGAGGCAGUGAUUACGGCCGCACUGCUGUGCACUUAUGGUACACUGUCAGCGGAUUCUAAGCAUCGUGAAAAUGUGUCGGGCAUCUUAUGCAACUUAGCCACAAUGUCUAGGCGUACACAUUUAAUUGACGGCUAUUCGCCAGUUUACGCUUCUACACAAUUGCCGGAGAAAGCCUUUGGAAUCAAGAGUUCUCUUGUCGGCUAUCUGAUAUUGGUUGAUACUAUGCACGCAGUACAUUGCCAGUCAAUGCCGAACUUCUCGACGAGUGAGCUGUAUAUUAGAAUGCCCACUUCUAAUCACCAUUUUCGAGCAGUCUACAACUCUAUGAUUCACGGUUACGCUUUGCCAGCCGAUGCCAAGAGCUGUGAAGAUGCUCUUCUUCUACUGGUGGCACUGUUGAGUGACAUAAUCUAUAUGCAGCACUGCCAUUGUUCAGCGCCUGGAUACCAUGAGGGAGAAGUCACUGGUGUGCCUUUACGAAACCCUUUCAUACCACUGUCCGUGCAGGGUGAGCGCUGCCGUCUGACUGCUGACAUGUCAGCCGCCCUUUCGCGAUGGGAGCGGCAUUUCAAGCACCAAAUCGGGAAGGACAUCCUUGCAUUGUACUACUUUGCCCAUCUACGGUUGACAUGCCUUGGCCUCGGAGAUCUCAAUUAUGCAGCAAUGUCGGGGUGUAACAGCAGCUCUUUCAAAAGUAUCGAAAUUCCAGACAAAGCACUAGAUCUUGCAUGGCUCAUCCUCGAGCAAUGCCAUCGGCUUCGAGAAGACCAGAGGUUGGCGAUAUGGCUUCCUAUCGUUUUGUUUCAAUCGGCGCUGGUAGUCUGGCAGAAAUUGAAAUCGCCGACCCCCCACCGCAAGUAUGGAACAUUAAGAGUUCUCAAUGCUUUCAGUAACGAGAUUUCCAAAUUGCCUUGGUCAUGUUGUGGGGAGAUGACAGAGACACUCGACAAGCUCGCCGAAAGCUAG